CAACAAACACAAUUCGAACAUCGAAGAAAGUGGAAGCACACCAAGCUUAAAUAAUCUUUCAUUCAAGCAAGCAAAUAUACAUACAUAAACAAAAUGAACUUCAACAAGAUUUUCGUUCUUCUGGCUGUCUUCGUCGCCGUCUUUGCUGGACAAACUGAGGCGGGAUGGUUGAAAAAGAUUGGCAAGAAAAUUGAGCGCGUUGGUCAACAUACACGAGAUGCCACCAUCCAGACUAUUGCUGUGGCUCAGCAGGCAGCCAAUGUUGCGGCAACGUUGAAGGGUUAACUGAAUCUGUUCGGAAGACCUAAAUAACAUAUGUGUACCUAAUUUAAGACUAAUAUUUAUUUAUUUAGCAAACUGUGUGACUGAUUUCUGGAUAUUGAAAUAAAAGUAUUUGAAUAAAACUAAA